CACCGUCGGAGAGUACCGUGUACAACCAGCUCCGGAGCGGAUGGUGUGUGGAACCUUUGGUGACCCAUUUUUUCCACGGAGCAAAAGUGUGUGGACGACGGGCGGGACGUUUUUUUUUCCUGGACACUUUUCCUCGUUGAUCUUGGCUGGAAAAAAACGGUAGUGAAAUCUGGACAGGAGUGAAUUUCGUGGUAUUCGCGGUGCGAAGGACGAUCUCCCGCAGGAAUCGAUGACCUGGGGCAGGUUUUAACCUGGGGCCGCGUGAGUGUGACGGUGUGUGUGCGUUCGUCUCAAGAAGUUCGAUUUUUCACCAAAGGAAAAACCCUCUGAGCUGGUGUGAACUUCCCCUCGUGAACGGGGACCAACGGGGUGUCGGGAAACCCGGAGAUCCGUGGUACGUGGUGUGUCGAUUGAAGUUUCCGACAAGCCGUGGACGGGAAAAGGAGAAAAACUCCGGAUUUCUCAAGUUGAAGGAAAAACGCAAAACACGUAACUCGAUUAUUAGAUAAAGAAGGUAAAGAGAGCUCAACGAACCAAAGAAUUCGAAAGCCGGGCGCCGUGUCAUAAUCGCGACGACGAGUGCCGAACGCCAUUAGCCGACGGCGACGACGGUGAUAUAUUUUGGCAUUUGUGUUUGUGUUCUCGCACGAGUGACAGUUCAACAAUAGAGCAACAGCAGAGGAAAAUACGCACUCAUUGGAGUAGCAUCACAUACUCACACGCACACCGUGAUAGUGUCGUCGUGAAAAAGAUUGCACUUUGUGGCUUGAAAGCGCAGGAGUGAGUGAACAAACAAACAAACAGUGAGUGAGUGAGAGGUGAGCAAGUGUGCAAGCGAGAGGCAAGCAGCAUCCUACGGAGGAGAUCAGAGCAGCAGCGCGCAUUAGCAGUUAUGGUGAUGCUGUAAAACACUUUGAAAGCUACUAAAUAGACGAUGUCCAACGACGCACUGUGGGUGUCUGACGCCAUGUUGGACUCGCUCAGUAUGCAACUCCGGGACGCGGAAGCUCGCCGAGCGGAAGCAGAACGCGCACAUCAGGAAGCUUUGGCACAGCUGAGGGGCAUGUCGUCAUCCGGCAUGGGACGGAUAGGGGAACCAAUCGAAACGCUACAAUCCAGGGCACGCGAAUUGGAAAAAAAGGCCGCCCUUGAAACAGUCAGAUGCGAAGAGCUCCAGCUAGAACUGUCGGCCUCCCACAAGUCCCGGCCCGGCCGAACGCCGGCCAGUUCCAGCUCCAGCGGAAUCGGCCUCAGUAGCACAAUCACAAGCAAUCCGCAGUCCUCGCUCGGCGGCUCCAGCGGAAUGGUCAACAGUAUCGGUUCGACGGGCCUGGGCAGCUACAUGGGCAAUUCGACCUCGUCCGCCCUCGGGGGCAGCAUGAUGGGUGGAGGAGGUGGAGGAGGAGGAGGAGGAGGAACCGGCGGUGGUGGAGGAGGAGGUGGAGGCGGAACGGUAACCUGGGCUCCGACGCCGACCCAGCAGCAAGGAACGGAAAUAGAUAGGAUUAUGGCGAAGAUCGAACAGGCACGUUUAUCACUUGCUAAUGACAAUCGUAUAUUGGCCGAGUUAGAGCAACCUCGAACUACGGGACCAAUAAUGACGUCAUCGCUCGGGUCUGGUCUGCCCAGUGUGAGCCUGGGCCUGUCCCAGCAUCAGCCCCACCUCCAGACGACGAGUUUAGCGUCCCACAUGAACAGCACCUCGGUGCUGGGAAGCGGCGGCCUCUCCGGACUGACCAACAGCAGUGGACUGACCUCAAGCGUUGGAAUCGGCACCGGCGGCAUUCCCAACUCGCUCGGUCUGAACUCGAUGGGCAUCAGCUCAAUCGGCACCGCUGGGGUCAGCUCGAUCACGGCCGGAGUCAACUCCAUGACGAUGGGUGUGACCUCAAGUGCCAGUAGCCACGCGUUGACCGAUGGACAGUUCAGCGUACUAACGUCAUCGACCGGGACGAACAAUCCGUACUCAGCAGCUAAUGUCUCACCACUGCCAAGUCGAGCGAACCAUAUGAGCACUACUAUGCCACCCCUAUGUCAGAGCUCUACCAUGCCCGUCCUGUCGUUACACAAUACGCACUCACAUCCGUCGGGAUCAGCCAGCUACACCCUGGGACUAAGCGUCGCACCCGUAGGUUCAUCGUACACAUUCCCAACGCACUCGGCCACCACCGGAGGAUUAGCGAGUGUCCUCGGCCCGGUCGGAUCGUCCGGCGUCGGCACAACCGGACUGACCGGUCUGAGCGGUGGACUCGGGACGGGAAGUUCCGGCCUGGGGCUUAGUUCCGGCAAUCCACUGACCAGCACGUACGGAUCGAACCUGCCCAACUUUAACACGAGUACCUCGUACUCGACCUACACGAACCCGCUGCUGGGCUCCGGUGGGAUCAGCUCCAAGAUCAAACCCCUGGACGAGCUUGACCUGCUGACGCGGUACGCCCAGCGAGGAGGGACGCCCUGUUCACCGAUUCCACCCGCCAGCUGGGGCCUGGACAGUUUCGGCGGCAUCGACGGGGUCAACCCGGCCUUUAUGCACUCCCAGAACCGGUCACUCAUCGGAAUGGAGCUCGAUGCACGAACGCACGGUCUAACACUGAACGGUACCGGUGAACCGCAAGUGGACAUGUUAGAUAUACCGGGAAAAGGUAGAUGUUGUGUAUUUAUAGCAAGAUUUUCCUAUGAUCCGCCAGAAGUGGAAGGUUCGGAAGGAGAGUUAGCGCUGUGCGCAGGUGAUUAUUUGUUAGUCUGGGGCAACGGUGAACCACAGGGUGGCUACCUGGAUGCCGAACUGUUAGAUGGUAGAAGGGGCCUCGUGCCCGCGUCCUUCGUGCAAAGAUUAGUAGGAGACGAUUUACUCGAGUUUCAUCAGGCCGUGGUGACGACGCUGCGGGACGCGGACGACGCGCCGAUUAUCCUCGAUCCGGCGCCGCUGCCGAUGGGCAUUCCCCACGUGCCGCACACAAACGAAGACUUGGCGCGAAUUAGCGAAGCCCACACGGACGUAGGUCAAGAGUUUGACGACGAAGCCGACACAGUUCCUGCACCGAAACACCUCACCCUGGAGCGGCAGCUGAACAAGAGCGUCCUGAUCGGCUGGACGCCCCCGGAUCCACCCGGGUGCAACUCGAUCGAAAGCUACCACGUGUACGUGGACGGCGUACUGAAGGUGACUGUCAAGGCGACCGAACGCACACGAGCACUGGUGGAGGGCGUAGAUUCCAAUCGACCACAUAGAAUAAGCGUACGUAGUGUAACCCAUAAUCGUAGAACUUCGCGCGACGCUGCCUGCACAAUGAUCAUCGGACGCGACACGGCACACCUCGGACCAUCGGCAGUGCGGGCGAACAACAUCACCUGCUCGAGUGCGAUCAUCUCGUGGCUUCCGGCCAACUCCAACCACCAGCACGUCGUGUGCGUCAACAACGUGGAGGUGCGGACGGUCAAGCCCGGCGUCUACCGGCACACGAUUACGGGGCUGGCCCCCAGUACGCAAUAUCGAGUGACGGUACGAGCGAAACACCUGCGGGCGGCCGGCCAAACCACCACCCCUGCGACGACCGGACCUCCACCGGAAGAGGCACCCGGUGCGUACACCGACUUUAGGACCCUCGCCAAAGGUCUGCCCGACCCGCCACAGGAGAUCCAAGUCGAAGCCGGACCACAGGACGGAACCCUCCUCGUGACCUGGCAGCCGGUGACGCGACCCCCCUCGUCCGGACCGGUGACCGGGUACGCCGUGUACGCGGACGGCAAAAAAGUGACUGACGUGGACUCGCCCACCGGCGACCACGCGCUGAUCGACAUCGGCAAACUGGUCGGACUCAAUCCCCGAGCAGUGACUGUGCGGACCAAGUCCCGUGACUCCCAGUCGGCGGACAGCAACCCUACCAUGAUACCAAGCUUUGGAUACCCAGAAUCAAAUACUGAAAAUGGACUAAACUAUCCAUCAUCAUCACAACAAUCGCAACACCACAAUCAAGAUCAAGUGCGCAACGCCGCCAGGAACCGAAAUCCGGGCGGGGCCAUGCAGCCGCAGCCGGGCCAGCACAUGCGGAACCAGCGGAUGAUAAACAAUCAACAGCAGCAGCAGCAGCAGAUGAUGAACAACCAGGGCCAGAUGAUGAACAAUCAGAUGCAACCGAUGAACCCGAACCAGGUGAUCGACCACGACGAGAACCUGAGCGACAAGGAGAUCUACCCGGGAUCGAUGCACCAGCAGGAGUCACGAUCCCAGCGCGAUUCCAAUAGUAGCAGCAUUCCGGCGAUCGAAAUCACAAAAGAGUCCGCCACCGACGUAACGUACGUUAGUGACGACAGCGAAUACCAAGACGGCGCUAGUAGCAGCGGUGGCGGAAGUGGGCGUCGUCGUAGCGGCCCUCCGCCACAGCAGCAGCAGGGCUACCGGAACCAGAACAUGCCCAUGAACCAAACUGGCCGCCAGACGAAUCAGGUGGGCCAGAACCAGCAGCAGCAGUACUACAACAAUCCGAAUCAACAGAACCAGCAGCAGAACCAGCAGCAAACGCAACAGCAGCAACAGGCCCAGCAACAGCAGCAGAUGGGCCGCAACCAGAACCAGGUGAGACCGAUGAACCCGAACCAACCGAUGCCACCUCAGCAGCAGCAGCAGCAAGGCCAAGGCCAACGGAUGGGCGGCCCCGGGCUGCCCGGCCAGCAGAUGACGCCCCAGACGAUGCCACCGUUCCCGUCGCACCUGAUGGGAGCAUCGAAAAAGCCGCGCUACUUUAUGGCCCUGUUCGAUUACGAUCCGGCCACCAUGAGCCCCAACCCGGACUCGUGCGAGGAGGAGCUGCCGUUCAACGAGGGCGAUACCAUUCGGGUGUACGGUGACAAGGACCAAGACGGUUUCUACUGGGGUGAGCUGCGCGGCCGGCGGGGCUUUGUGCCGGAAAACCACGUCCAGGAGAUCGAGGACGGUGCGCAGGGCGGUGUCGGCGGUGGCAGUGGCGUUGGCGUUGGCGUAAGUAACGUGGGCAGCGUGGGCGGAGUGGGCGGUGUCGGUGUUGGUGGCGGUGGCGGGGUGGGCCCUUCAGUGCGGGGCAUCAGCCGGGAUCGGUGGGGCGACAUCUACGCCAACAUGCCGGUCAAGCGAAUGAUCGCCCUGUACGACUACGAUCCGCAGGAGCUGAGCCCGAACGUGGACGCCGAGCAGGUGGAAUUAAGUUUCCAAACCGGCGCCGUCAUACUCGUGUAUGGCGACAUGGACGAGGACGGGUUCUUCAUGGGUGAACUGGACGGCGUACGGGGUCUGGUGCCGUCGAACUUCCUGACCGAGGCACCGGACCAGUACAGCAAUCAAGGUCCGAACGCCAAUAAUCUGGCCCAGCGAACGCUCAACAACGCCAGCAAUCGGGGCCGAGGGAUUGGUCCCGGGGGACGUGGACCGCCACCCCCGUCGGGAGGUUUGGGUGGUUUGAACCAGCGAGGCCCGCAGCGGAAAGAUGCUCGCCCUUCUUCCCCUACACUGUUAGACAACACGGGCCACCCUGCCCCCGAUCACCAUACGCAGGGGAUGCAGGGGAUAGGAGGGAUGAUCGGUCAAGGGAUAGGGAUCGGUGGUAAUGUCGGCGGCAUGGGUAACAUGCAGCAGCAGACGCCACUGCAACAGCAACAGCAGCAACAACAGAUGCGACAACAGCAGCAACAGCAACCGAUGAUGCAACAGCAACAGCCGAUGAUGAUGCAACAACAACCGCACAUGCAGCAGCAGCAGCAGCAACAGCAACAACCAACGACCACAGCCUCGUCCGGUGGUGUCUUUUCGACGGCGAGCAACCUCCUGUCGGGGGCCGCCGGUGCCGCAACGGGGGGUCUGUUCGGCAAGAAGCCGGCCGCACAGCAGCAACCCCAACAACAGCAGCAACAACAACAGCCCGGCAUGGGCGGUCAGAUGAACAACCAGCAGCAGCAACAACCCCAACAACAGUCAUCCGGUCCAUUUAGUAGUUUAGGCAUGAACAUUGGCAUGGGUGGUGGCCAGCAGCAGCAGCAGCAACAGCAACAACAGCAACACCAGCAGCAGCAGCAACCCGGGCAACAGGGUCAACCUGGCCAGCAGCAGCAGCAGCAGAUGCCCGGCGGGGCAAUCAUGGGCAAGAUCCAGGAGAUGGCGGCACCCGGCGGUGACAUCCUGUCCAAAGGCAAAGAGCUAAUCUUUAUGAAAUUUGGCCUCGGUGGCAAAUAACCCCAGGCAUUUAGUUACGAUUAUCACUAUUCGAGGGUGGAGGCUAGACUAUACUGUACAUUAUUACUGCUAUAAAGUUACACAUUCCAAGAUCCUAAGACGAAGACAUAAAACACACACACACACACGUACACAAACAAUACGGGCAACAGUAGCGCGCAGCCAUGCGCACCUGUCCGCAAAUGAAAGGAACAAAUAAUAGGUUAGUAAGACGAAGAAGUUAUUAAAACCAAAACAAAAAAACUUGUUGUCGAUAGCUUUUUGUUUAUACACGCUAACGUUGACGUCUGGUGUACAUAGCGGAGAGAUGACGAUUAUUUAGGGGUUCUACAAAGGUUACAGAACUAAGAUAAAGAACAACAAACAACAACAAAAAACUAGUCAAGUAAAAGAAAAGACAUGAUCACACACAUACACACACGCACACGUACGUAUUUUCCGCGGCAUUUCGGGACGAGAACGAUUUAGGUUUAAUCUCACCGUGAGAGUUGAAAGAAAAUGAAAACAAAAAAGUUCCGUUUCUCAAAUUAGCAUUUGUUUGUGUUACAUUCUCGAGGGUGUAGUUGUGUAACUCUAGACAAAAGAACGUAUAUUUGAGCAUUGUUGUUCAGUUUCUAUUAAGUUUCGGUUUUGGUUUUUGGUGACCGCAGAAAUUAAACGAUGGAGCUCUGUAUAAUUAUACAAUGUUAUAGUUAUAUAAAUUACCAGACGUAAAAGACAAGUUCUAACAUUAAGAUGAGUGAUCAAAAACAAAGUGAAUGAAAAGGUGAUAUUUACAUUUAAAGCAAAUCAUUACCCAUAUCAUUCCAUAUAAAUAUUAUUAUAAAUAUAUCAUAUAUAUUUAAAGAAAAUAACAAAAAAAAAGAUGAACAAAAAAGACAUUCAUGCUUCAAAGUGCUGUUCAACAAUUAGAGUUACAUUUCACCGAGAUCACACACUCACACACUUUUUCAACUACUCCCCCUCAUAACUCUCAUCAUUACAUGCUAGCAAAUAAAGAAGAAGUUAUUGAAUUGAGUCGGCGCGCGUCUUUAGCACAACAUAAAAUAUUAAAAAAUAAAUAUCUUUGACUAAUUAACAACAAAACAAACAAAACACUUAAAAUAAUCUUUACAGUUAUCUUAUUAUUGACACCUAACUUAGAUUAUGAAUCAAAGAGUAAAACAAAUAUCAACUAAAACCAACCGGACCCUAAGAUGACAGUUUUCGUGAGUUGCGCGUAUUCACCGACAGAUGGCAAGUAGGCCUCGUCGGAGUCCGGCCAUCAAAUACGCAACUCAAAAUUUGCAUAGGAAACUUUUUUUUCGUGACGGCUUAUGCGGCACGCUCUCUUGAACUGUUCUGGACUAAUAUUUGAACGUGGCUUAUCUCUAAACAAGUUUUCAAAGAAAAUGAUUCCAGAAUGCUUAUUUUGUCGUUUUAAACCAAAACAAAGCAAAAACCAUAUUUAUUUAAACUAUGAGCCAUUUUCAAAAGUUUGGCUAGAUAAUAUUGAAUGCCGCCAUCUUAGGCCCACUGGGCCCACAAAACGGGGUACGCUCAGUUUGUAUGGGACCUGUCAACAUGCUCCCGGGCUGACUAAAACAGUGUUAUAAUUUGUUACUAUUUUUGUUCGUAUAUACAAAAAGUCGCUAAAUUGUUGUAUUGAAACAAGAACCUAAUAAAUCAUAAAGGAAAUAAUGUAGCUAAUUAAAAAUUUAGUGUAUUAUACAGAAGAAAAGAAAAAAAAAUCAGAAAGAAAUUCAAUUCAAUGCUGAGUAGCUAUUGACUUGACAACUACAACUAAGCAUCGGAUUUAAACAAACAAAACAAAAGAAAACAGUAGCGAAUCGACUAGGCGAAAUAAACAAAAACAACAUUGGCAUGUAAAUAUCGGAACCAGGUCGAAUAAAUUGAAGAGUGCAAAAUCGAGCGCGCGAGUGCAGGCGAGUUGUGUUAGCCCGGAACUAGCUGAACACACACAACACACACACACAAAGAAACACUUGAACACGAACACAAGAAGAAUAAAAUUCUAGGUGAAAUGUUAAGAUGAAGAGAGAAAAAAACGACGACCACAAAUGUUUACCCACCAUUAUUAAAUUGAGAAUAUUUAUAGUUAAUAAUCAAUCUUUAAAAUUAAACGACAAACAAAAGAAAAUCAACAAAAAAAAACACAGCAAAAUUAACCUAUUUCGUGACAAGUCUAAUCAAACUAAACCGCGAAAACAAAAACAAACAAAAAAAAAACAGACAAAACCAACGUUGCAAAACCAAACCGUGAAACUCGCGAACAAUCUUGAAAUAAAACAAAAAAAAAGCUUCGGGUUCCCCGGGGGCCACCAAUCAAGUGACAGUCUGUAGAGAAACACUUUAGUUUUGGUUACAAAUCUCUCCACAAUGAUACAAACACACACACACACACACAAUGACACCACAGGAAAACACGUGUGCACCGUUUUGCUAGAACGAGGUGAGGUAAUUUCACAAUCACACAAGAUGGCUCAGUAUUCGUAAUGUGGCAAUCGUAAGUAUUUCAACAAACACAUCUUUUAAAUUUAUUUCACCUUUUCAAUUGGUCGCAUCUGCCUACCCCCUAAAACCAAACCCUCCUCCCUGCAAAGUCGUUCGGAAACAAAACGUCAUCCAAGACUGCGCCGGAAUGCGGCUUCUUAAAAAAAAUCCACGCGCGCGAAUGUCCCCGCCCUCCCCUACUAUAGAGCACAACCCUCUCCUUUCAAAUUGCAACGAUCUCUUGCUUUAUGGUUUUAAUUGGUAAUUCCCCCUUCUGGUAUAUGUUCUAUUCUAGGGCCCGGCGAUUGUAGUGUGGCGUAGAGAAGCGCACGAAGUUAGGCACACCCACACACACACACACCAGAACAUCACCACCAGAACAAUACACAAAAUUCAUACCGCGGAUUCUCACUCUCACUCUCUAAUCAAUGCUGCCAAUAGAAACAAACAGUCACACACACACAUACGGUCACACUGUCUCGCAUAGGAUUUUUCUCAAUUUGUUCUGUGAGCAAGAGGUACGCGAUCUUAUUUCAAUUACUCACAAAUU